AUGGCGGGGCCGGCGGCGGCGCUGCUCGUGGCCGUGCUGGGCGCGGGGGCCGCGGGGCUCAGCCUGGAGCCGGUGGUCUGGCACACCGGGAACCGGCGGUUCCUGGACGCCGGCGGUUACGUGCUGUACCCUCAGAUCGGCGACCGCCUGGACCUGGUGUGCCCGGGGGGGGCGGGGUACGAGUACUACAAGCUGUACCUGGUGGGCGGGGCGCAGGCGCGGCGCUGCCAGGUGCAGGCCCCGCCCCCCGGCCCCGCCCCCGCGCUGCUGCUCACCUGCGACCGCCCCCAGCGCGACGUUCGCUUCACCAUCAAAUUCCAGGAGUUCAGCCCCAACCUCUGGGGACACGAGUUCCGCCGGCAGCACGACUAUUACAUCAUCACCACGUCGGACGGGACCCCCGAGGGGCUGGAGAACCGGCAGGGCGGGGCCUGCCUGACGCGGGCCAUGCGCGUCACCCUGCGCGUGGGGCAGCGCCCCGGGGCGGAGCCGCCGCCGGACCCGGCCGGGACAGCCCCGAAAAGCCCCAAACUCGCUGCCCGCGGCCCCUCCAUCACCAUCGAGGAGCUGGAAGCGGAGGAAGAAUCGGUCGAAGCAGUGCUCGGGCAGCAGGAACGGGACGAGCCAAGGCCGGAGCGGCUCCAUGGCGGCUCCCGCGCUGAGGGGAAAUCGGCGGGAAACGCCCUUCGUAUGCCGUGA